AUGGAGCCGAAGGAAAGAGCGCAACCGAGGGACGUCCCUUUCCUGCCCCGCCUCUCGGCCAGAAAUGCAGCGUGGGAGCGCGGAGUCUCUCUUCAUGCGCACAUCUGGGGUGUCAAGGCUGAGGGAGAACCAUCUGAAGUCUCACUGGCAAAAAAUGGGGAGAAGGUGCAGGAGCAGAAACUGAGGAGUCAAGACAGAGCAAAGAGACAAGAGGAGAGAGAGAUUCACACAGGGGACAAACCUUAUAAAUGCUUGGAGUGUGGAAAGAGCUUCAGUCAGAGUAACCAUCUUAUUUUGCAUUGUAGAACUCAUACGAGAGACAAAACUUAUGAAUGCUUGGAGUGUGGAAAGAACUUCAGUCGGAGUGGCACCCUUACUUUGCAUCAAAGAUGUCAUACAGGAGACAAACCUUAUAAAUGUUUGGAGUGUGGAAAGAGCUUCACUUGGAGUUGCACCCUUAGUUUGCAUCACAGAACUCAUAUACGGGACAAAUCUUAUACAUGCUUGGAGUGUGGAAAGAGCUUCAGUCAGAGUAGCCACCUUACUUCGCAUUAUAGAACUCAUACAGGGAACAAACCUUAUAAAUGCUUCGAGUGUGGAAAAAGCUUCAGGUGGAGUAGUGCCAUCACAGUGCAUCAAAGAACUCACACAGGGGACAAACCUUACAAAUGCUUGGAGUGUGGAAAGAGCUUCAGUCGGAGUAGCACCCUUAAGGUGCAUCAAAGAAUUCACAUAGGGGACAAACCUUAUCAGUGCUUGGAGUGUGGAAAGAGCUUCAGCUGGAGAGGCCACCUUACUUUGCAUUACAGAACUCAUACAGGGGAGAAACCUUAUAAAUGCUUUGAGUGUGGAAAGAGCUUUAGUCAGAGUAGCACCCUUACUUCGCAUCAAAGAACUCACACAGGAGACAAACCUUAUAAAUGCUUGGAGUGUGGAAAGAGCUUCAGUCAGAGUAGCGCCCUUACUUUGCAUCACAGGACUCAUACAGGAGACAAACCUUAUACAUGCUUGUAGUGUUGAAAGACCUUUCCUCAGAAUGGCUACCUUCAGGCACAUCAAAGCAUCCAUACAAGGGAAGAGAUGAGGAUUCAUAGGGGGAAGCCAGGCUACCAACAUGAUUUUUAAGGGAGUUUCAGACCCCCAACAAUCUUCUUCUUUUAGCUUAACCACAGAGUGUUCCACUUCCCUUCACCUGCUAUUUUGAUGGCCUGUCAGUUUUUCCUUUAC